UCCUGUUGGGCUUAAUUAAUGUUGAAAUGAUUUUUUCACUUGACUUAAAAUUAUGGAGAUCCAAAUUAAGAAAGAUCCCUUCUCUGAAUACCCCCAGGACGUGAGCAUUCUGGAUAAUGGGUCCUAUACCUGUAUUUUAUGAAAAAUACAUUUUUAAUUACUUACAUGGCUGCAUUACUGAAUUGGGGGUUGAUUUAUUUUAAUACGCUGCUUAGCUGCUGAGACUGAAAGUGUCUUCCUUAAAACAAGUAUUUACAUUUAGUUUGCACUGUUUCUUCUCACUGAGGUCCAAGCCAGGAAUUAGUUCAGGAACAUUUCAUCUCUAAAGAACAUUGUGUUAGAAAUCUUAAAGAAGAAUUAAACAAAUCAGAUCUUGUUUUUGAGCCCAGACUAUUUUGAGAUACCACACACCCUUAGAUCUUCAUUAACUAAGAACUAAUUAGGCAGAAGCUUUCAACAGAUUAAAAUGUUGCUUGUGAUGCAACAUAAGGUGGAUUGGAGCUGAUUUGCUGGGUCACAGAGGCUCAGGCAUGGCUGGAACCCUAGUGGGACAGAUUGACAUCAGGUACAAGGGGCUUUGAGAUGGUAAAUCUUUAGAGCAUCUUCCCUGCUUGAAGGCUGAUCCAAAGGGAAAGGGGUCAAGCACUUAUCCUGCUGUGAAACCAAACACUGCCCUUUCUACUAAAACAAGAACUUGUUAUUCUUCCAAGUAGUGCUGAGGUACACGGAAUAAGCAUGGAUGGGUUGUUGAUGGACAGCUCCUCUCUACUAUCAAACAGCUCCAGUUUGGCCAGAGUCUCGGAGGAAGGAGAGACAGCUAUAGGUGUCUACCUGCUCCUGCUGGGUUGGCUUUCAUGGUUGGGCAAUGGAGCAGUCAUCUGUCUCAUGUGCAACCGGCGGCGCUUACUAGAUGCCCAUGACCUUCUCACGUUAAACCUCGCUGUGUCGGAUGCAGGAAUUUCCAUCUUUGGCUACUCUCGAGGGAUUGUGGAGCUGUUCCAUGGUCUUGGCAAAGAUGGAUUUCUGGCCAACAACUUAUGGACGUGCCAGGUUGGUGGUUUUUUAAUCCUCCUGUUUGGUCUGAUGAGCAUUAGCACCUUGACAGCAAUCAGUCUUCUGCGAUAUAUAAAGGGAUGCCAGCCACACAAAGCCCACAUAGUGGACAAACGGCAUGUAACCAUGGCAAUUGUUUUCAUAUGGAUUUCAUCUAUUUUUUGGUCGGGAUCUCCAGUGUUGGGCUGGGGCAGCUUUACUGAGCGCAAGUACGGCACAUGUGAGAUUGACUGGGUUCAGGCCACCGCUUCCUCUACCUACAAAUCUUAUGUUAUUGGAGUCUUUAUAUGGGGCUUUGUCCUUCCGGUGUCCAUCAUGGUCUUCUGCUAUGUGUCCAUCAUCAAAACGGUACAUAAAAGCCAUAGAAAUUCCAGGGGAGGAGAAAUAAGUCAACGCCAGCUUACUAUGGAGCGAGACAUCACAAGGGUUUCAUUUGUAAUUUGCACAGCAUUCUUGCUUGCCUGGUCGCCAUAUGCUGUCAUUUCUAUGUGGUCAGCCCUUGGUUACCAGGUGCACGGCCUCACCGGUGUAGCAGCCACUCUACUUGCCAAAUCAGCCAGUUUUUACAACCCCAUUAUCUAUCUUGGGAUGAGCCCUAAAUUUCGACAGGAGCUCCAGGCCCUACUGUGCUGUCUUCGUCAGAAUGGAGAUCCUGUUCAGAGCUUUGAGAAGCCAGUGAUAACCCAUGAAUCCAAAGUGAAACAGUGCAACAAGCCAACCUUAGACGACAAAGGGAUAGAAGAAAGGGGCAUCCUAAAUAACAGCUCUUUGGCUGCAGGGAUGGAGAAAGCUAUCUUGGGGGCUCAAGGUGUUCCAGAAUCCUUAACUGUUGAUUCUCAGAUUUCAGACCCAAUGAAAAAUAGUGACAUUAGUUUGAAUUUUCCCAUGGAAAGUAAUCAAAUAUAGAGGAAUGAUUGGAAACAAUGCAUUUUGUGCUCCAUCUACUGUAAACAUAUGAGACAUGUAUGUGGAGGGGUGUGUGUAUGGAUGCUGGGUUUUCAUUUGGAGGGGUUGAACUUGAUGGACUUUGUCUUUUAUCAAACCAAUUUAACUAUGUAACUAACUAUGUAACUAUGUCCAUUACUUGAUCUUCUACACAACAAUGGGACACUUCUUAUGCCAUCUUAUCUCAUAUUUUACAUUAUAACUGAGCUUUUACCUCUUACUCCAUCUCUUACACAGUAACAGAACACUUAGGGGCCGAUUUACUAACAAUCGAAUAUUGAAUUUUCCCCCACAAAUCUCUAAAAAUGAGUGGUUUUCUAAUUUUUUUUAAAAAAGAAGCUCUAAAAAUUUAAGAUUUAUUAAAACGUUAAAACCAUGCAAACCACCAAUACAAAUCUUCGCCGGGUAAAAGUGGUCAAGGUCCGAUAGAAGUCAGUGGGAGCUGUGCUGAUCCUAUUGGACAUUUUCGCUAGGAAUUGUCCGGUAUUUGUAUUUUUUAGCGCAUCAUUCAGAGGUCGACUUGACUUUUGUAGUUUUCGAGUUUUGGAGUUCACCAACCUCUAAAUCCACUAAAAUAGGCCCCUAACUCUUUACUCAUUCUUAUAUACAAUAACAUGUCAUUCUAUUCCAUCUUUUGCACUAUAAAUUUAUUUACAAUAAAUGUACUGAAUAUAUAGUGACAUGCCGCCUUUACCUCUCUACUCCUAACAAAUAUACACAGAUAAAACAGAUACUGUAUGAACUUAAGCAUCUGACAUAUGACAGCACAGUGUGACAGUUGCAUGUAAAGUGCUGUGCUAGAUCCUUCACUCCAAUUAUCCAGUCUCCCAGUGGGUGCCUUGUAGUAGCUCUCCACAUGUGCCUGUAAUGCCUUCUAAUUCCCAACUGGUAAAAUCAUACUAAGGGGCUUACAUAUCAAUGCUUAAAACAAUGGUGUGUUUUAUUUAAUAUUCCCCAAAUGCCACAUUUGACACCAUUAUUAGACACCACUUCAGAAGUUGCAUAAUAACUAAUCGCUCUGGAGAAAAAUGCAUUAAAAGCCUCGUUGGAUGAACUCUGUCUUUUCCCACAGCAUUUUCAAUUGGACACAUCGAUGGGGCCGAUUCAUCAAGCUCGAGUGAAGGAUUCGAAGUAAAAAAACUUCGAAUUUCG